AUGGGUGAUUUUUCAGACGAUGACGUUGACGUGGAGGACUUGGACGUAGUGGAGUUGGAGGAGAUGGAUACGAUCGACUUGGACGAUCCAGAGGAGCAGAAUGACCCGGACAUCGCUGAACGCAUCGACCGUUUUACCCCUCCCAGGGAUGAUGCCCUCGCUAUUCUGGAGGGGCAUAAUGUCGUCGAGGAGAAGUUUGAGAGCAUGAUCCGCUCAGUGCGCAUGUUACUGAUUGUACUGACUCGGGAACAACUAAUGGCUGAGGGAACGCUGUCAACCUGGUUUGUUCAAAAAUUGUUGUUCGGCAGAUUUGAAGUUUGUAUGUCGAUUGUGAAAAGUUCAGUAGCCUCGGUGGGAUUCUAA